GGUGUUUCUCCAGACGUCACUUCCCCGAUCAACAGGAUGCGUAUUUUAGCAACAGGUUGAAGCUCAUUAGCAGAUCUCAAAUGUUUUUUUUGUUUUGUUUUGGGGGUACUGGACAUUUCUGCCACUGUCGCGUUCGCAUGGUCAGGAUAAGGAUUCUGUUACAGACGUUUGGCCAGAUUUUUCAUAACACUUAGCGAUUCCUUAGUUCCAUAAUUACUUGUGUCCAUUCUGCUGUGAGUACACAUGGAGCCCCAGCAGAAUACUACCUGACAUUUUCUCUUUGUGUCCGUAUAUUCCCCCCCAGAGCUGUACAAUCUCGUCGGAAUUCUUACCUUUUUGUAUAUCAAUUCCGGUUAUAUUUCUGUAUUUUCGUUCCCAAAAUCCACAUCGGAUGAUUUACAGCGAGGGUUGCCUGAGUGGAUACAGCUCCGUCUCGUCUCACAUGGUUGUACGUUGGAACGUACCGACAAAAAAAUCCAAUAUCAAUAUAUAGCUUUAGUCAAAAACGUAGGUCAUUUGCUUUACUGCACACCAGAUAAGUGCUGCUAUGUAGCAUGAUUUCAGUUAAUUGCUUUUCAGUUCUUAAUGUUUGUCGUCUUCAUUAAGUGAACUUGUACUUUAAAUUCUAGGUAGACAUAGUACAACCCAAUGCGGAAGAAGAGCGGGCAGUUGCCAUAGCAGUUGGUCUCUGAUUUCUCUGCCUCUUGUUGCAGUAUGUCACCCAAUUAUUUGGCUUUGUUAAUUUGGAUGUAAUAUAACGACAAUGCUAGUAAAGAAGACUGGAUUAAACUAAGAGGGGAUCCUGCAACACAGCUCACGUAAGCUGUUCAGCUGCCCAGCAAGCUGGAAUAAAGGUGCUGGAAUUAUGGACAAAAAUGCAUGCCUGACACUAAGUUCAUUUGACUGAAGACAUGAGUAUGUAUUUAUUGUUGGAGAGGAAAAUACUACCUGCUCAUUAGACUACUGUGAAUACCAGUAAUUUUUAGCUUCGGGUGGCAGGUGAUGGUUCAGCCCCAGGGUCCCUUGGGCAGUGUGUUGCAGUGGGACAUGGCUGGAAGAGAGGUGCUGGGAUCCAGCAGCCAGGAGUCGCUUGAGACGGCCUCCCAGGGCUCUGCAGGAGUCCCUGAGCUAGCUGACAGUGAGGUUGUACAGAGACUAAUGGGAGACAAUCAGAAGCUGAGAGACGCAUUGAGGAAUAGUAACAUAGCUCUGAGGGAGAGAUGUGAGGAAAUUAAGGAAUGGCAACAGAGGCUGAGGGCAGAGAAGAAUGUCCUGGGCCAUCGGUUCCAGGAGGCGAAGAACUUAGUGGAGCGGCUGGUCCGGGAAAACCAGGCGCUCCAGGAUCAGCUCAGGCUCAUGAGCCAAAGGAAAAGCGAGGAGCAGAGUGUUCCUCAAGCGGGGAAGCAGCUCCGGAACUGUCAUGAGCCAUCAGAGGAAGCAGAGGGAGAAGAGGAAAGGAUAGGGGAGAAGCAGACAGGUCCUCAGAGCUUGCCCAUGGAAGGGGGAAACGAGGUCCUGAAGUUGCUGAGGAAUCACAAGGAGAAACUGGAGGAGCGUAUGCGAGAGCUGAAGUGCCGGAACGAGACACUGCUGAAGGAGAUGGAGGAGGGGCAAAAUGAAAUGAAGAAUCUGCGUGCUACCAAUGCUCAGUUACAGUCAAGGCUUGGUCAGGUGAAGGGCUGUGGAGUUACACAGGAGGUCCUGGUCUGCUGUGAUGCACAGGUGACCAGCUCUCACAGCCUGCCUGGACCCACAGCGCCUGUGACUCCAAGUACCCAGCUGGUUCAACUCUCCAAACAGCUUCAGGCAACACAGAAUAGGUAUAAGGAGCUGCAGGAGAAACUGGAUUCUCUUCAGAAGACAAGUUUUCAACAAGACAAAAAUGAAAUGCUCCUGAAGCAGAGGGAAAAUGAAUGUGCUCAGUUGACCAAGGACUGUGACAUGCUGAAGGCCCAGGUGACCUCGCUGCUGGGAGAGCUCCGUGAGAAGCAGAGCUGCCUGGAGAAGAGCGAGGAAGAGAGGGCACGGCUGGAAGAGAAGCUGAACCGGGUUCAGGAGGCCCUGCAGAAUAUGGAGCAAGAAUCAAAGCAGAUGAAGAGCCAGCACAGCGUGACAGUAGACACACUUCGGCUGCAGACACAGAAUCUGGAGAUGGCGCUGAAGACGGAGAGACAGGUUCUCACCGAGGACAAGAGAAAGCUGGCCCAACUCCAACAUGCCUACACUCAGCUGUACCAAGACUAUGACUCCAAGCUUAAGAACGAGAGCCAGGCCAAACAGAGGGAUGGUGAAGUUGAAGACUUGGCCAGAAGGCUGGUGGAAGCAGAGCAGGCUCUGGCUUUGAAGCAGGACCUCAUUGACAAACUGAAAGAGGAGGUGGAGCAGCAGAAAGGGACACUGGAGACCGUACCUGUUCUCACUGCACAGGCAGAGAUUUACAAAGCAGAUUUCCUGGCUGAGAGGGAAGCCCGGGAGAAGCUGCACCAACGAAAGGAAGAGCUUCAGGACAAGCUGAACCGCACCCUGGCUGAAAUGGACAGGCUCCGGCUAGAAGGCACCUCACGUGCUAGGAUGGAGGAGAUGCAGCAGAGACACAUAGAGGAUUACCGGGCAGCCCACACUCUCCUCCCGCCCAUGUCCGGAGGAUUUCCCGGCGCCACCAUCCCCUUCAGCCCUGCCCAGCCCCCCUCCUUUCGAAUGCAGAAUCUCUCUGAAGAGCUGCCUGAUUACCGCUGCCCAAAAUGCCAGUACCAGGCACCAGAUAUGGAUACCCUGCAGAUCCAUGUCACAGACUGUAUUGACUGAGCUUGGAAAGAAGGACACAAGGGUAUUUCAGCCAGGCAGGAAGGAUUGGUAUUAAGCAGGGAUGCACUUUCAAUGGGAUAACUGUCAUAUGCUUAAAAUAUGAUGUAGUGUAAUAGAAUAGUACCUAGAUAUACAGUUUGACAAUAUAGCGAAAGACAAGAAAAGUAAAUGCCUCAUGUGGAGAUCACCAAAUGUUUUAAUGUAUUAAUUCCAACUUAUUAUUGCCAGUUUGAAAUGAUAGAAACACUGACUUUGCUGUGAACAGCAUUGCACUAGAUUUGUUGGUGUUUUUUAACUCGUCGUGUUUGUUUUUCAGUAUGCAUGUGCACUUUGUCUCAGAGCCUUGUGUGUAUAUAGGUUGUUCUCCAGAGGAUGUGUACAUUGAUGUAAUAGAAACAAAUGUACUAAAUAAAAUAUAGUAUCCUGCAAAAAAACGU